UUAAGACGACUCCUGUAAGAAGACAAGAAAACAAUGCUGUCACUAUCACCCUAAUGUGUAAGCUGAUGCAGGCGAAUUAGAAUAAAGUAACCAAUGUCAUAGAACAGUUACAAUAAACCUAUUAAAGACAGCGUAGAAGUAAAAGCUUUGAACCAUUCCCACCCGAAUUGCCAUUUUACUUACUCAAACGACCAAAUAAAACGAUGUGAACGUUGGUGUUCACUUUUGAAAUUGUCGAACGGGCGUGGUCUGUACGUAACGUCACCAUUACGUUUAACAUAUACACGGAAGUGAGGCGACAGGAAAACCCAACGAAGACGCAUGAAAGACGCAUUUAGAUAAACCAGGUGUGUGUGUAUGUAUAUGUUGAGACAUGUACCAGAGAGGAUGGGUCAGGCCCUGUGUAUCUGCUCCCGCGGCGCCCUCACCAUCGACAAUAAGCGAUACUACUUCAUCCAGAAACUUGAUGAGGGUGGGUUCAGCUAUGUGGACCUGGUGGAGGGGGUGCAGGAUGGCCACUUCUACGCCCUGAAGCGGAUCCUGUGCCACGACCGCGAAGGGCGCCAGGAAGCUCAGACGGAGGUGGACAUGCACCGCCUGUUCAACCACCCCAACAUCCUGUCUCUGACGGCGCACACCUUCGUGGAGCGAGGCGGGAAGAGCGAGGCCUGGCUACUGCUACCGUACAUCAGCAAAGGUAGCCUGUGGUCUGUGCUGGAGAAGCUGAGAGACAAGGGCAGCAUGAUGGCAGAGAGACGGGUCCUUCGCAUCCUGCUGGGCAUCUGUUCGGGCCUCAAGGCCAUGCAUGAAAGAGGCUACGCACACAGGGACCUGAAGCCCACCAACGUUCUCCUUGAAGAGGAGGACCGGUCCUUGCUGAUGGACCUGGGCUCCAUGAACCGAUCCAGGAUAGAGGUCCGGGGGACCAGAGAAGCCAUGACUGUUCAGGACUGGGCGGCCCAGAGGUGCACCAUCUCCUACAGGGCUCCGGAGCUCUUCAACGUGGACAGCCACUGCGUCAUCGACGAGCGCACCGACAUCUGGUCCCUAGGUUGUGUGCUGUAUUGUAUGAUGAUGCUGGAGGGACCCUAUGAUCUGAUCUUCCAGAAGGGGGAUAGUGUGGCACUAGCCGUCCAGAAUCCCAUCCACAUCCCUCAGUCUUGCAGUUACUCCGAAGGCCUGCAGAUGCUGCUGAGCUCCAUCCUGGUCUCCAACCCCCAGGAGAGACCCGACAUCAACUGGGUGCUGGACCAGGUCCAUGACCUCCUGGCCCGCAGCCCCACCACCCAGACCAACAUGGUCUGACGCUCCACAAGAUGCGGCGCUGAUGGAGAAAGUGGGCUUUUGUCUUGGCGGCUGCUUUGUUACGAGGAAAAAAAACAAACAGAUUGGAUCAGGGGUGAAUUGCCUCCUGAAUGUCAUUGGAGGAAUGUUUGCGUAUGUCGUAGGUGCCUCAAGUUUGCCCUCUGCUGCACCGCACCUGACCAAGGACAGGACCCGGACCCCCCUCUGUCCACCUGGUCUGCUGCUGGUUCUUCUAUUUAAUAACCAGGUACAUCAGUUAAGAACACAUCGCUCAUUUACAACCUGGUGUUUGUUGUUUGUCUACCUCUGUGUGUGUGUGUGUACCAAAUCUCUAGGAGUCUAAUGGGUUAAAGCAAAACGGUGAUGGAACCAUAACUGGCUUGAGAAGCAGAUUGGAGCGUCCUCCGUCUUUGCUCAAAUCUGUUCUUUUCCCGACAUACGCCUCGGAGGCCCUGGUAGCAGGGGUGCCCAGGGCGAUGCUUGGACACCUCCUAACCCCCUCAUAGUUUGGACAGCCCUUAAGUUUGAACUAGGCUCCUCUGGGCUCGUCCCUGCUACCUUCCCGACAAUACGCCUCUGCUUUGGGCAGCUCAGGGGUCUGCCCCUGCCCUCACCCCCUGCCCUCACCCCCCCCGCCCACAACCCAAAUGCUGCAGUGUAGAACACAGUGAGGAGCGAGCACCAAGCUAUGUGCGACGCGUGCGAGACUCCACCGCUUGCCUGUCAAACGCAGGCCACGGCCAGCUGCUGCUGGGAAAGGAAGGGGUCGUUGGAGACACAUCGAACAUGUCUGCUCCGAAUGGGCUCGCUGUGGGUCGUCAUAGAAACUCGUUGCGCCCAGCAUGAACGGACCAGCUGUAAGAUGAUUGUUGUUGUUGAACAUUUACAGUCUGGCCACGAUUGUGAUUCCAAGCGGUUACCAUGGAAAGGGAAAAACAUCAUAGGACGUCUCUGCCCUGUUUGAGACCCCAGAUACGAUGGUGAACUUUUGAAGUAGUUUUGUUAACUGUUAUCGGGAUUGAUUGUUGAUCAGUCGUGCUGGGUUUUUUUCAGUUACAUGAGUAUGCCUUUAUUAUUUAUUUUCCCCUGCCCAGUUCAGACUUGAGUUAUAUGAAGGUAUUCUUGAUUUGGUGUUAUCUGAAUGUGUUUUAUUGGAAAUGGUUGAACCUGUCUUUGGUCCUCACUUAAAAAGGGUAUUUGUGUGUUUGUUGAAUGGAUAAUUAAUAAAUGUAAGACAUCACACACUGAUCAUGUCAAAUAGCCCAGAAUUAAUCUUCAGGAAGGAAACCGUUAUUGGCCAUUUUGGAUGACUUACUUCUAGCAUUAUUUGCCGACUUGUGUUGACUGUAAAGACCAGCUUCCUGUCAACAUGAAGCUAACUGCAUCACAUCACUUUAUCAUGAAACUAUUUAUAAAGAAAUACAACAUUCCAAGAUUCCUGCGAUGU